AUGUCGCAGUCUCCCUACACCUCUUCGCGCCCCGACGACAGCCACCUGCCGCCUCGCCAGAUGCCCAAGCCCUCGGAGGCUAGCGAGUACCUCUGUGGUGACUGUGGUGCCAAGACCUCGAUCAAGAUGGGCGAGCUCAUCCGUUGCCGCGAGUGUGGUCACCGUGUCAUGUACAAGCCCCGCACCCACAAGAAUGCUGACAGAGCAGUUGUCCAGUUCGAGGCCCGCUAA